AUGAUCAAACUCCUGCUUGAUAACGGGCCCGAUGUGACCGCAACGAAUGGUCAAGGCUAUACCGCACUUUCUGUGGCCGUUAAGCAGCAGGAAAAUAUAAUUGUCAACGAACUUCUUCUGCGUGGAGCUUAUCCUUUGGUUGGAAAAAGGUCAGCAGUACACGCCGCUAUCAAGUCGGAGGAUCUGGAUAUCCUCAAGGAACUUUUAAAGAAUUUGAGUGCUCGGGGCAAAUGUGACAAUAAACUUGAACUUUCCGCGGCAUGGAUCAAAGAAGGCUAUUCAUACCUUGCCUGUCAUGUCCCGAGGAAGCCAAGCUCGGGAAUUUUCCUGAUCUUGAAGGAGCUGGUGGCCCACCACAGGCGCCACAAGUAUCCUGUCCCGUCAUGA